AUGGAGGCCACCGUGAGGAGCCUUGUGGUGCUGGCCACGGAUGCGAGCCAGCAGAGCCCCGCGCAUGGGACCCUGAGUCAGAUGAAGAGGCUCGUGCGGACGUGCGACGCCCUGCUGAGAGUGGCCUUCGAGGCCCUGCAGGACCGCCUGCAGGCGCCGAACUCCCGGGUGCGGCUCCUGGCUGUGCAGAUUUGUGAUGAGCUGUUUCAGCGAUCUAAAGCCUUCAGGGGGAUGGUCGCUCCCUUUUUCCAGCAAUUCCUGGAGCUCAGCACAGGGCACGUGCGGGAUAAUCCCCUGCCAGGUCCAACGAAUGAGGCGGAUGAGCUCAGGACACAUGCCUUGGCAGUCGUUGAGAAGUGGAACAACUCAUUUGGGAACUCUUACAGGCAGAUUCGACUUGGCUACUGUUUCUUGAAAGACGUGGUGAAGCUGCAGUUUCCCAGCAUGGGUGAGGAGCAGACCCAGCCGGAGCAGCGCAUGCGGAGUGCUGUCCUCAGAAAGUAUGAAGACUUGCUGGCGAAGCAUGAAGAGGUCUUUGAGGAAUGCAGAACAUCAUGUUCUCAGCUGGCAGAGUGCCUGGACCUCUUGGAGGAGGGGAGGGCUCCAGCAGCUGUCAGCAACAAAGUGCAGUCAGGUUCUGAGAGCGAUGGGGACUUUGCAUGGGAGGAUUGCACCGACCAUGCAGAGUGGCGCUCACAGCCAGAAAUGCACCCUGAUGCUACAAGGGUUGAAUCCAGUGGAACAGAAGAGGAGCAGAUGGGUCUCAGCACAUACGCGGUGGAUGACAACCCUGAGGAGGUUAUGACCAGUACGACCCCAAUGGAUUAUGAAUGGGACGAUGAUGACCCGAUCCUUGAGCACCUCCGGGGGCUGUACAAGUCCGCCACUCAGAGGCUGCUGCCCACGCUGCAAGGGUGGCUCAGCACGCUGGUGCGUGUGGACGCUGGAGAGCCUGCCUCCUCGCAAAAUUUGCAGCGGCAGGCGGUCCUGAGAACCGCGAUCUCACUUCGAAAUGCACUCACCAGCAAUAUCACGAGGGUUUCGGCAUUGAACAUCCCCAAGGACAUUCUGCUGUCAAGUUCAAAGGCACAGCAGAAUGACUUGGGUCAAGAUCGCAGUGCAUCCACAUCCAAUGGGCGCAGUGGCUUGCUUGGGAAGAGAUCUGCCCACCAUCGACAGCACAGAUACAAAGGAGGACCAAAACAUGCAAAAUCCAAGCGAAGAAGGAAGCCUCCUUUGGACCCCACAUUGCCCAAAGAGGGUCCCUACAUCAUCAAAAAUUUUGUGGAUGCCGAAUGGUUGGAUGCACACCUUCCUGAAGGAAACGAGAAAGAAGACCAUGUUGAAAACCUGGCAGGCUCCAGUGGCAGUAUUGCUGCGACCCCAAGCUGCACCACAGCACCAAACUGCACGCCGGGCGCUGUGAAAGACUCACAGGCAUCACGAAGCAGGCUGUCAGCCCAACUUCGUGCAAAGCUGCUGGACCGUGCUCCCGUCGUCGAUGACCCGAACUCUGUGUGGGGCAAGGAGUCCAUGCCACGGCCGAUGCUGCGAACAGGGUUGGACAUUCAGAACCACUGGGGCCCUGUCGAUGACACUGCCAUGGUGGCACCUGAAAGGGUGCAGGAGCUGACGAGAUACCAGGCCAGUUAUUACAAACCACGGAUGGCGAGCCAAGGUAUGGCAGCCAGCAAUCCUGUGGCGACACCCAACGUGGACGAGUGCCCAGGAAGCCCGCCAGCAGCGGCUGUGACCCCAGCCACCAUCACCAGUCAUGAUGUGCAAAACAGAACCUCCAGUUCCGAUAUCUCAAAGCGACCUGCACCAAAUGGGGCUUCCACCUCUGAGGGCCUUCUGCCUUUGGCACCAACCAAUUCCAGCAGCGCAUCUCGUCGUGGCAGGGGCUGCCAAAACAGAAGGGCCGUAAGGGCUGAGGAGAGGGCCUACACGCAGGCUCUCCUAGCGGCCUGUGCAGCCAACGAAUUUCCUGAGCUGGCUGAACAGGAGGCGCCAGUAAGAGGAAGCUCUAGGCGCCAGAGGAAACAAGUGACCAAAGCCAAUAAGUUGCGAUCAAUGCUGCUGAAGAAGUGA